UUGCAACAAAUAUGGUGAAAAAAAAAAUGAUAGUUAAGUGAACAGAGGGAGGGAGAGAAGAGAGAGGAUGAAGGCACGGAGGGAAGAUUCAAAGGCGCAGGAGCGUGGGAGGGAAGAGACAAAGGUGCAGGAGCGUGGGAGGGAAGAGACAAAGGUGCAGGAGCAUGGGAGGGAAGAGACAAAGGUACAGGAGCAUGGGAGGGAAGAGACAAAGGUGCAGGAGCGUGGGAGGGAAGAGACAAAGGUGCAGGAGCGUGGGAGGGAAGAGACAAAGGUGCAGGAGCAUGGGAGGGAAGAGACAAAGGUGCAGGAGCGUGGGAGGGAAGAGACAAAGGUGCAGGAGCGUGGGAGGGAAGAGACAAAGGUGCAGGAGCGUGGGAGGGAAGAGACAAAGGUGCAGGAGCGUGGGAGGGAAGAGACAAAGGUGCAGGAGCAUGGGAGGGAAGAGACAAAGGUACAGGAGUGUGGGAGGGAAGAGAGGGAGGGUAACAAGGAGGGAGAGAAGGAAUAGAUGGAGGGAGGAAAGAAGGUGGGGAGGAGGAGAAGAAUGGAAGGGAGACAAGGAAUUUAAGAUAAACAAGUGCAGAUAGAUUGAGAGUGGCUAGGAAGCUACCCCCACCCCCCGAACACUGAACACAGCACACUCUCAUGCUGAAAGUUACACCUCUCCUUCACCUUGCCACAGAUACAUCUCUCAACCUCAAGAGUUCAGGUUUUUUGCAUUUUAAAGACAAAGGAAUAAUGAGUAUUGCUGCUUAGUUUAACACAAUAAAGGCAUGGAGAGCUGCACAAUUGAAGGUUGAAAACAAUCUAUUAAAACUCCUCCGUGUGUGGAGAGAGACAUUUGCUGAACGACCCUGCAGCUUAGGGGUUAACCUCUAACCGAUCUAUCGUGACAGCUUGAAGUGGUCUGCUGCUUCACUAGUUUUUCAGUAAUUAUCAGUCAUUUAAAACAUGCUUGACAUGUCCAUGACAAAUUGUUUUGGUAUUUGAAAAUUUAAUUUAGGGUGAUAAGCAACUGGUUUAGUGGUGAUAGGUUGUUAUUUGAGUGGCGUGAGGUUACUAUCCUUCCUGGCAAUAGGUUACUAUUUUGGUGGCAUUAAAUAACUACAAUAAUAGUCUGUUUCCCUUUUUGUGUCCUUUCCCAACAGAUAUGUGACUGUGGCCCAUACACACAAACACUGCUUGCUUGUUGUUAGUGAGCCUUUCUGCUUAGUAACAGUUAGCUAAAAUGUCUACACAGACUGGGUGCAAUUGCAGUUAACUUCCCACUACUUUGUCAUUGCUAUCUUCUUCUGCAGCCUAAUUCCUGCUACCUUAAGAGUACUCUUAUCUGAUGAAGUGCACUAUUUUACAAGCAAUACUUAUAACAGCUUGGAGACCUUUCUCAUAGUGGUCCAAAAAUAUUGAUUAUUGUAAAAAUAAUUUAUUGUUAUAUUUGCUCUUUUGAUAACCUAUUUACCCACUUACAGGAUGAUUUGCAUUAUGAGGCCCCAAAGCAUGAUUCCCCAUUGGGCCCAUUCAAGACUAGAACCAGCACUGGAUAUGAAGUGUUAACUUGUUUUCUGUCUUUCUCC